AUGGCGUUCAGGCGGCACUUCUCUCGCGUCGGCUCCGCCGAGCGCUGCACAGAGACCAUCUUCACUGACCACCAACGACAGGUGUGCGACUACGCGCUCGUCUACGCGGAGAAGAAGAACGACGGCGAAGCGCCGUACUCGGUCUCCUUCACCGCGACGCAGAGCGGCGACGUCAUCGUACAGCUGCACCCGCACUCGCAGCUCGAACGCGCUGUGCGCCACGAGCGGCAGGCGCAGGCCACGGAGCCGCCUGCGAGCGCGAGCCCUGCGGCGCCGCCCGCCCCUGCCGCCGCGCCGCCAGCCGCGGAGCCGGCGCCCAAGACGUACGCCGCCGCAGCCGCAUCGCAGCCGCAGGGUGCCACCGCGGGUGGCCAGCCCGCCGCGCCUGCGGGCCCGGCCGCCGCCGCGCGCGUGCCGCCGCCGCCCAGCGGCGGCGGAGUGCGCGGCUGCUCCUUCACUGUCCCUAACCCGGGCAGGAAGCGUGGGCAGCAGCAGCGCGGCAAGGGCCGCGGUGCCAGGGGCCGUGCCGAUGCUGGACCCCGUCUCGUUGACAAGAACGCGCUGUCCGCGCGCGGCAGCGGGCCCUCGCGCCAGUCGCGCUCGCCGUCGCCCGACUCUCCGCCCGCCAAGCGGGCCGCCUCCUCCGCUGACUCGUCCGGCUAUGAAACCGAUACGCCGGACGAGGUGCAGCAGGAGGCGGUCCGCAGGGUAUGCGGCGCGCUCGGCAUGAGGGAGCAGUUCGAGGCGGCGAUGGCGGCGGGCGAGCUGCUCGAGAUGCUCGAGAGCUUGCCGCGAGGGGCGGUCGAGGCCUCUGUCCGACAGAUGCGGGGUUACAACCGCACGGGCGAGUGGCCAGAGCCCAUUCUCACCAGCCCUACCCCGCAGCGCGGCCGCUCGCCAAGCCCCGUCGAUGAGUGGUCAGAUGGUUAG